CCUUGGUGACACGGUAUCCUCAUGAGUGCUGACAUUUUAGAGUUUUAAAACAAUUCUUUCUGGUGCCGUGACGAAUAGCGCAGUAGCUUGGGACCAGUGUAAUCUCCUGCCAGGAACUCAUAUGGCAUGGGAUUGCAGGAUGACUCACAAACCAUCCAUAACAAACGACAGAGUCAGAGAAAAGCCAUAAAAUCCAGUCUUGUGUCAGUGUAGGCAAAAGCCGCGGAGGCCCAAGCAGAAUUUGUCCCGGAAGCCCUACUGAAUGGCACAGAGGAAAGGCAAGACAGGACGGCCCCGUGACAGCAGAGGUCCACAGUCACCAGCAGAUCAGUAGUCCAAGAAGGAAAGAACCCUGUUCUGAGUUGGAACGAAGCUCCAACAGGAAGUCACUGCUGUAAGAAAUGGAGAAAGAUUCUCUGUUCCCGUUCCUGGCAGAUCUCAGAGGGCACGUUCCAGAAGGAGGGGAAUGCACCGGAAGGAAGGGACUGUGUUCCUCAGUGGCAGCUUCCAGGGAUGAAGCUAGACCGGCUCAGAGCAGAGGCAUACGCCGCCUCUUAGAAACUCCGAGGGACAUCACAGGGGCUUCUUGCUGGGCUUUCCUCCUGACAUGGAGAUGGGAAUGAACAAACAGGCUCUGUGGCUCAUCUUUAACCAGGAUGAUGAUGGAGUUAGUAACACAUUCUUGACCUUCUCUCUGCCUGAGAAUGACCACUUAAGGAAGUCUUCUGGAUGGAUGGCUGCUGGAAACCCAUUGCCGUAGCCAGCUCUUCUUCUGUACUCAAGGAGUUACCCUGGCAUUGAGUAAUGAGAAUUUCGAAAACAUAUUUGAGAAGUACUUCCAUCCAAUGCUACUUGUGUUUACUUUUAAAUUGUCAUUUUCUAACCGAGGCUGGCAUUCAUGUCUUCAUUUUGGGCUCUAUCAGUGCAGGUCUUCCUAAAACAGAAGCAAACUGGGGGUUUGUAAUAAAGGAUUUGGAAAAAAUUGACAAUAUUAUUCAAUCUAUACAUAUUGAUACCACUUUAUAUACUGAAAGUGAUGCUCAUCCCCGCUGCAAAGUCACAGCGAUGAAGUGCUUUCUCCUGGAGUUACGUGUUAUUUUGCUUGAGUUCAGUCAUCCUGACCUUAAUGAAACAAUACCUAACAUUAUCAUCCUAGCAAACAGUAGUUUAUCUUCUAAUGCGAACAUAACUGAAACGGGAUGCAAAGAAUGUGAGGAACUGGAGGAGAAAAAUAUUAAAGAAUUUUUUCGGAGUUUUUUACAUAUUGUACAAAUGUUCUAUAAUUCUUGAUUGUAACUGAUCCUCUUCAGCAUGUCUGCUAUUAACAAACAUCUUCCCAGGACUUAAAGCAGUGAAACCUUCUGCAGUUCACAUGGGCUGCCCAAACCAGUUUUUCUAACAAGAGGAUAAUCGAGAAUCUUGAAUUAGAUGAACUCUUGGAAAUGAAGGCGAAAAAUGGCAUUGAAUUACGUGGUGUCUAUAAACUGUCCUCAUACUUAUUUUGUUCACUUAUUCUUAAUUUAUUAUUGAAGUUGUGCAUAUUUGUGGCAUAAUAUAAAGUAUUGAAUAAAACUAUGUACCUACUUUAUCCUUUGAAAUUGCACUGAUAUUUACCCCUUGUAAGGACAUAGGGGACAUUCCUUCAAGGGCAAGAGGGGAAUUACACAGCUGGUGGGCCUGAGCACCACUGGGGAAGGUCAGCUGUGUGCUCCAGCCAGUUAGGAACCCCUAACCACCAGCCUUCACUCACCUCUCCAGUGGGUGUCCCACAAGGAGGAAGAAUUGACUCCCAAUGAGGAAGGAGAAAUAGGUGCGGAACAGGUGCUUUAUCUGCAACAUAGUUAUUGAUAUCAAAAACACCUGUUACUAAAGACAGUGCACGAACCUGGUAUGUAUGAUGCAUCAGUAAAUCUUGGGUGGGAAUGGUAAUAAUAAACCUUCACUGGUAGGUAGAAUCAUGUAUAGAGAACUCAUGGUUGUAAUGAUGUUAAUAUUUCAUGCUUUCCUGAGUGCAAGUGUUUUAUUUUCACUUUUUUUUGCCAUGUUUGUAUAAUAAAAAAAAAAAACUGUUGAUUUGUUAGAGCCAACAUUAUCUGACAUAAAAUAAUUGUUUAUAUAUUUUUGCACUAUACUGUCUGAAAUUUACAACUUUUUUAAAAUAAAACUAUGACUAAAAUGAAA